AUGUCUUCUAUGAUUACAACUACUUCCUGGGUGCGACGGGGUGUCGCUGCCCAGAUGCCAAUUAAAUAUGAGAUUGAUGAAGAGGAGAUGAAUCGGAUAUCGACUCUCGCGAAAAUGCAGCUCGAGGAUGCUCAGAGUGAUCUGAAGGCUGCCCAGGAUGGGGAUGGGGACGAGGAUGAUGAUGAGGCUAUGGAGGAGGAUGACAAGAAGGAUGUGAUGGAGGAGGAUUCGGGAAAGAAGACGGAGGCGGUCAAUGCUGAUGACGAUGACUUGAAGGAAUAUGAUCUCGACCAUUACGACAGUGAUGAGGUCGACGAGGAUGGCGAGAAGACUACCAUGUUCGGCAAUGUCAAGUCCCUUGCUUACCACCAGCCUAACGAGGCGGAUCCGUACCUGGUGAUGCCACCGGAAGAGGACGAUGAAGAGAGAGAGGAGCUGCAGAUCCUUCCCACCGAUAACUUGGUGCUUGCAGGUAAGGUGGAGGAUGAGGUCGCACACCUCGAGGUCUACGUUUACGAGGACCAGGACGCCAAUCUCUACGUGCACCAUGACAUCAUGCUGCCGGCCAUUCCUCUCUGCACUGAAUGGUUGGACAUGCCUGUUGGAAAGACCGCCGAGGGCCGCACUACAGGAAACUUCGUGGCUGUUGGAACGAUGGAGCCCGAUAUUGAGAUCUGGGAUCUGGACAUUGUCGACUGCAUGUACCCCAACGCCAUCCUGGGCCAGGGUGGUGAAGGUGAAGCCAAGAAGCCAAAGAAGAAGAAGACCAAGGCGAACGACGAGUUCCACGUUGACGCGGUGCUCGCGCUCUCUGCGAACCGGCAACAUCGCAAUCUCCUUGCCUCCGCCUCGGCCGAUCGAACGGUUAAACUUUGGGAUCUCAACACCACAAAAUGCGCCAAGUCCUACGCCCACCAUACCGACAAGGUGUGCUCCUUGGACUGGCACCCGAAGGAGUCCACCGUCUUGCUGAGUGGCAGUUACGACCGCACUGUGGUGGCCGCGGACAUGAGAGCCCCCGAUUCCAAGGCCCGAUGGGGUGUGGACACAGAUGUCGAGAACGUACGCUGGGAUAUGCACGACCCCAACUACUUCUACGUGACGACAGACGGCGGUAUGGUCUAUCGCUACGAUGUGCGAAACGUCCCCGCCAACCCUAAGGAUUCGAAACCCGUGUGGUCCCUGCAGGCGCACGACGACUCGGUGUCAGCUUUCGACAUUAACUCCGCCAUUCCGGGUUUCCUCGUCACCGGUAGCACAGACAAGCAGGUUAAACUGUGGAACGUCGAGAACGACAAGCCUAGCAUGGUCGUCUCACGCAAGCUGGAGGUGGGCAAAGUUUUCUCGACUACAUUCGCCCCCGAUCCGGAGGUCAGCUUCCGACUGGCCGUGGCCGGCAGCAAGGGCGUUGUGCAGAUCUGGGACACUUCCACCAACGCCGCAGUCCGCCGGGCUUUCGUGUCGCGGAUGCCCAGUCUGGAAGGUGAAGUGCAGGAGCGCACAGUCGGCGUGCAGGCGGAUCAGAAUGAGUCAGAUGAAGAGGACGCCGCUCAGGAGGUUGGUGCAGCCGCCGGCGGUGCGGAUGGCUGGGAGUCGAUGGACGAAGACUGA